AUGGCAGAGUUCUGUAUCGCGUGCUGCGGCAAGUCAACGAGGAACAAUAUUUUGCAUAGGUGUAAUGCUUGUGAUAGCCUAUGGCAUGCCAAAUGUGCGGGCUUAUCUACAGAGGCCGUUCCCUCAGAUUGGUUAUGUAAUGCGUGUGGUGAGCCAACUUUAAAAGACAUAAUGAAAGAACUAAGAGCACUAAGCGCAAAAAAUUCUUUUAUUACCGAAAAAAUCAGUGCGUGCCAAAAAUCUAUUGAAGAUGUGAAAACCUCCUUACAUGUACAAGAAGUUAAGGUGCAGGAGUAUAUUAAUAUUACUGAAAAUCUACGUAGCCAAAACGCGUCUUUGAUAUCACAAGUGUGUCAAUUAACAAGUAAAGUUAAUCAGCAAGAACAGUAUUCUAGAGCAAAUACCCUUGAACUGCACGGUAUACCAGUAGCUCCUCAUGAGGAUAUCCUAAAAAUUGUCAUUUCGGUCGGCAAUGCAGUUAAUUUCAAAAUUACGCCAACUGUGGUGGAUGUUGCGCAUCGUCUGCGACCUCGCGAUAACAACACAAACAGACCCAGUGGUAUCAUUAUCAAAUUCGUGCGGCGUUAUGAUAAAGAAGGCUUUCUGAGAGCAGUGAAAUCGCGAAAGAACUUUAGCAGUCAUGACCUCACCGAUAAUGCAUCACUUUUGGAACUUCCCAGUAGCCAGAUAUUCGCGGUGGAAUCUCUAUCGCCCUAUAAUAAGCAGCUGUUCCAUCAAUGCAGGCAGUUCAAAAAGGAUCAUGCUUUUAAAUAUUUAUGGACGAAAAACGGUAGGAUUUUUCUACGUAGAGCUGACGGUGAAAAUGUCUCCAUAAUAUCCAAUGAAGACGAGCUCAAGAAGUUGUGGAGAGGAAAAGGAGCUCCCUAA